AUGGAACCUAAACAAACAUCUCCAUUCCUGAGUAAGCCAAUUAUUUUAUCACCUCCACCAUUGAAUUCAUCUGAUUAUCAAAGAAGGCAACAAAGUGUUGGAUAUAAUUUACAACAAGAAUUUGAAACUUUAAGUGCUGAUUUAGACUUGGAUUUAAAAGAUGGUCAAACAAGAACUUUGGGAAAUAAUGCGGUCAACAAUACGGUCAACAUUAAUUCAAUGUCAAAUUUACAAAAUUUGAAUAGUAUUAGUGCACCAGUAUCGAGUCAUCCAAAAUUUAAUACCAUUUCUCCAAUUCCUACAAAUGUUAAUGCUUCACAAGCUGGACUUGGUUCAUUAUUAAAUCAAAAUUUUUUCCAAUCGAACAUUCCUAAUAGACCUCAAAGUGUUAAUGAUUAUACAUUAUUUCAACAAUCUAAUCAAUCAACACAAUCUCAUCAUAAUCCUCAACAACAAUCCUCACAACCAUCAAAUCAAGAUCAAUCCCAUUUUUAUCUUGAAUUGAUGAGAUUUACUAAUUGGAUUGAAAACUUGAAUCCUCAAGAUAAUCUUAUAAUGAUUGAUUAUUUAUGUAAUAAUUUACCAUUGGAUAUUUUGAUGAGUUUCCAAUCAAAAUUGAACAAUCAAUUGAAUGGGAAUCAAAUGAAUUUCUAUCAAUCACAACAACAACAAUUGCAAUCUCAAAACUAUUCAGGAAUUUCAUCACCUUAUCAAUUUCAAUCAAUUGAUUUAAAUGAUAAAUUAGAUCAUUUGAAUUUGAAUGAUAAUGUAUUACAUCAACCAAAACCAAGAGAUAAGAAAUUUAAUAAUUUAACGAAUAUGAGUAGACCAAGAUCAGCUGAACCUUCAAUGAAUAAUUUGAAUAAGAAUCAUCAACAAUAUUUAGAUAGAGCUAAAUCUCCAACUAAUCAUUUAUUUGAAAAGACUAAUUUCUUACAAUUAGCAGCAGCAAGAUCACCAGGUUUGAAUCCUAGUGAAGAUCAAAAUUUAGAUAUGUCUCAAAAAUUAGGAGCCUUAGCAACCAUCAACUCAAGAGUAGCUUUAGACUCUAAUAAGAAACAUCAUUCUCAUUUUUAUGAUCCAUCAGGUAGAAAUAUCAAUUCAAAUUCUGUACCUUUAGGUAGCAGUAAUUCGACUGUUAACAAUGCUAACCAACAAAAUUCUAAGAAUGUUAAAUCACCAAACUUCAAAUCAGUUAAUAGAAAAAAUACUGCAUCACCAUUAACUGUUAGAGGAGAAAAUUCUAAUAGUUCAAUGCCAAUUGAAGUAACAAACUUGGAACUUUUAAACAAUAUACCUGCUUGGCUUAAAUUAUUAAGGUUACAUAAAUAUACUGAUUGUUUAAAAGAUAUUAAUUGGAAAGAUUUAAUUGAAUUAAAUGAUGAACAAUUAGAAGAUAAAGGUGUUAAAGCCUUAGGUGCAAGAAGAAAAUUAUUGAAAGCUUUUGAUGUUAUUAAAACAUCUUCAUAG